CCCUCUUCUCGCUCCUUAAUUUAAUCUUUAAUUAAUUUAUUUCUCGCCUCUCUUAACUUAUUUUGCUCCUCACUUUUCUUCACUAGCUCAAACACUUACACGAACUCGGAUUGUUAAUAAUCUUUUACUACUCCUAUAUACGGCAAUAAAAUCUUCGAUUUCAUCGAUUGGUCGCCACUCUCCGAUUCCCCCCAACUCGUCGGUAGCAGGUAGCUCGAUCGCGCGGCGGCAGAAUUUCCGGGGUGGAUUUGGCCGAUUUGGGGCAUCAGGGCAUGGAGCGCCGCGGGCUACUAAAGGCGGCGCUUUUGGUGUGCUUGAUUGUGCUUUGCUCCGGGAGAGAAAUUCAGGUCAUUCAACGCCAUCCCUCUACCACCAUAUAUAACCCAAAGCUUGCCAAGACACUUGUGGAAUAUGCUUCAGCUAUCUAUACUGCUGACCUGACACAAUUGUUUACAUGGACAUGUGCUAGAUGUGGUGACCUGAUUGAGGGGUUUGAAAUGAUGGAUAUCAUCGUAGAUGUGGAGAACUGCUUGCAGGCAUAUGUAGGUUUUGCAAGUGAUAUCAAUGCUAUAGUAGUUGUAUUUAGAGGAACUCAAGAGAACAGCAUUCAGAACUGGAUAGAGGACUUGCUAUGGAAACAACUUGAUCUUGACUACCCUGGUAUGCCUGAAGCAAUGGUACACCGAGGAUUUUAUUCUGCUUAUCAUAACACAACAAUGCGAGAUGGAGUUGUCAGCGGUAUUCAGAAGACUCGAAAAUUGUUUGGAGAUGUUCCGAUCAUGGUAACAGGGCAUUCAAUGGGUGGAGCUAUGGCUUCGUUUUGUGCACUUGAUCUUGUUGUGAACUAUGGGCUAGAUGGUGUGAAGCUAAUGACAUUUGGGCAGCCUCGGAUUGGCAAUGCUGCUUUUGCUUCCUUUUUCAAGAAAUACUUGCCUCACGCAAUCCGAGUUACCCAUGGUCAUGAUAUCGUGCCUCACCUGCCACCAUACUUCUCAUUCUUCCCACAGAAGACCUACCAUCAUUUCCCAAGAGAGGUAUGGGUUCAUAACGUCGGACUAGGAAGCCUAGUGUACUCGGUAGAGCAGAUCUGUGAUGAUUCUGGUGAAGACCCAUCGUGCUGCAGGUCUGUGAGUGGGAGCAGCGUGCAAGACCACAUAUACUAUCUCGGCGUCAGCAUGCACGCCGAGGCAUGGAGCUCCUGCAGGAUCGUCAUGGACUACAGCAAGCUGCGUUACCGGAUGGACAUCAAUGGCAACAUCGUCUUGUCAAAGCAUCUGGGUUUGUCAGGUGACCUAGAACACAGUGACCAAUGAUUCAAAAUGGAACAGAUUUAGUAUAAUGGUAGCUUAGAUGUGUUAUAUUAUUGUACAGUACUACUACACGUGUGUUCCUCUCUCUGAUGCUCAUAUGUGUCAAAAUUGUUCAUGCGUCAGAAGAGGAUUGGGAGAUGCUUGCUGUAAAUGUGGUUUGGUAAUGUGAAGCAUUGUUCAG